AUGGCUUCCGUUGCGGUUACGGCCUUUGCCGCCUUAUCGUCCACUCCAAAAGUCGAAGAGGCCCUGUCGGGAAUCUUUGGCAGCAUCAGCUUGACCGCGUGGAUAUGUCUCCUCCUUCCCCAGCUGCUCACAAACUACAAGUCGCAAAGCGCUGAUGGCUUGUCCAUGGGCUUUCUGAUCAUUUGGUUGAUUGGCGACGUGACGAAUCUCAUGGGCGCUCUCUUCACCCACCUCGCUCCAACGGCCGUCGCGCUCGCAAGCUACUUCUGCUUCGCCGACCUCGUCCUAAUCACCCAAUGCGUCUAUUACAACACCAAGAACGCCCGCCGCGCAUCGUCCCGCCGCCGCUCCUCCGCGCCCGUGACCGCCACCGGCGCAAACCCGACCGAAGCACGGGAAGAUGAACCCCUUCUUGCGGCCCCCCGCCGCCGCAGCUCUUCUGCGGCAGCUGGCCUCCCCGGCUCGCAGCGCCGUCACGCUCACCACGAGGAGAGCUCGCUCGACCCCCUGCGCAAGAUGGUCACGGGCGAGGACGACACGCCCGACAGCAACCCGUGGCUCCACAACACGCUGAGCAUUCUCGCGGUAUACCUCGUCGGCGCGGCGGGCUGGUUCCUCUCCUACAAGGCCGGCGCGUGGGACGCCCCCGACAGCGGCGACAACACCGGUGCGGGUGCGGGUUCCCCCGCGGCGGCGGACGGCACCUGGGAGAAGAUUGGUCUGGCGCUGGGCUACUUCAGCGCCGUGUGCUACCUCUGCGCGCGCAUCCCGCAGAUCAUCAAGAAUUACAGGGAGAAGUCGUGCGAGGGGCUCGCGCUGCUGUUUUUCCUGCUUUCGCUUACGGGGAAUCUGACGUACGGCGCGAGUCUUGUUGCGUUUAAGCAGGACCGGGCGUAUUUGCUCAACGCGCUGCCGUGGUUGUUGGGGUCGCUAGGCACGAUGGUGGAGGAUUUUGUGAUUUUUGGGCAGUUUCAUCUGUAUGCCCCCAAGCGGGAGGGGAAGAGGGAUGAUGUGGCGUAA